ACAACAACAGGAGUAUCAGCGAGUCUCCAGUGAAAAGGGAAACAAAUGCUAUCCACGACUAUUCCAGAUACGUCCUAAAUAUUGUUUAAUGCAUUUUGGGGGAAGCAAACAAAGAAAUCAAAGUAUUUUAGUUGAGAUGAUGGACUUUAGGUAACCUUCAGGACUUGAGCAAACAGGAUAUAUCAACAUCUCUCCGGAGGAUAUAAAGAAGCCUUACAUACUGAAGUCUUGCAUUUGAUCCGGUGGAUUCUUACCACAUAUACCUGAAAAAAAGAGAGAAGUUUUCAUGAUGACUGAUCCAAACAGCUCUCAUCACCUAAGUGACUUCCAUGAGUUCUACUACGAAGAAUUCAACGAUACGGAUUUCAGCAACUUCACAUUUGUUCCCGACGAAAAGACAAUCGCCUGUUCCUCCAUCACAAUGCCAUCCGCUGUCAACAUUUCAUUCAGCGUCUUCUACGUUUUCAUCUUCCUGUUGGCUAUUCCCGGGAAUGCGAUUGUCGGCUGGGUCAUCGGCUCCAACCGCCGCUCGCUAUCGGCUUCAGAUGUCUACUUAUUCAACCUGAUGCUAGCCGAUACACUAUUAGCGCUAAUUCUGCCCUUUUCUGCAGUCAACGUCAUCCACGGGUGGGUUUUCGGUGAUGUUGCGUGCAAGUUAGUUUCCUUAGUAAAGGAAGUCAACUUUUACACUAGCAUUAUAUUUUUAGUGUGCAUCAGCGUGGAUCGCUAUAUGGUGAUCGUACGCGCUAUGGAGUCCCAGAAGGCCCAAAGGAGACUCUGCAGUGGAGUCGCGUGCGGAUUAGUUUGGGUUUUGGGUUUAGUGCUCUCAUUGCCGUCAUUCUUCAACGAAGCGUUUUUCGACAAAAGGAUGUCCAAUCAGAUUAUUUGCGCUGAACGAUUUGAGACUGAUCACGCAGACGAAUGGCGAUUAGCAACCCGAAUAAUGAGGCACGUGCUGGGUUUUGUGCUCCCCCUACUGGUCAUGUUGAGCUGCUACAGCGUGACGGUUGUGCGGCUUCUACGUACUCGCGGUUUCCAAAAACAGAGAGCCAUGAAGGUGAUCGUAGCCGUGGUUGUGGCCUUUUUAGUCUGCUGGACUCCUUUCCACGUUUCCACCAUAAUCGACACCAUCCUGAGGGCCAAAGUGGUUCAGUUCGGCUGCACUAUGAGGACAUCGGUGGACGUCGCUAUGUUCGCAACUCAAAACCUCGGGCUUCUGCACUGCUGCGUGAAUCCGGUGCUGUACGCGUUCGUCGGGGAGAAGUUCAGACGGAGGUUUCUGCAGUUGCUCCACAGGAAUGGAAUCCUGGAGCGGUUCUCGCUUUCUAGAUCCAGCAGGUCAUCUUCUCUGACCUCCGAGGUCACUUCAAGCUUCCUGUGAUCUGAAGUCGUUUGGACUUUGUUGUAUGUAAAUAGAGUGCAUUAUUAGGACUUUUUAAUGUAUUUUUUUUUAAAGGGAUGUUUUUAUAUAUUUGUUUGAGUGUUAUAAACUGUUUUGGGUUAAGUUGACAGCAAAAACGUGACGGACUCGGCUAGGAUUUGCGUAUUGUGGCGUGACUAUUGCUCAGUGAAGUUGUAGGUGAUCUGCAGUCAUUCGGAUUUUAUUGUAUGUAAAUAAAGUGAAUUAUUAGUGCCCGCCCACUUCUUUAAUGUAUUUUAAAUAGGUGUUUUUAAUGUCUUUGAGUGUUCAGUGAAGUUAUAGGUGAUCUGCAGUCACUUGGACUUUAUUGUAUGUAAACAGAGUGUAUUAUUAGUGCCUGCCUACUUUUUAAAUGUAUUUUUUAAAAGGAGAAGUGUUUUAUGUCUUUACUUGA